AUGCACCGAGAGUCUCCUCCCCGCACAAAGCUGCAGAUCAGCAAGGCGCAGAUCACCUGGUUUGGGGUUUCCGCAGGGGGUACGGUACCCACCCCCGUGACUUGGGCAAAUCUGAUACAUGAUAUUAGGACGCAUAAGCUUCGAAUCUGGGGAAGAAAGGAGACACAAGUGCGCAUCUGCGUUCUCAUACGACAGGCGGAUCAAGUCAAAAUUUCCUCUGCGAUUAAGGUAGCACUCUUAUUACUACCAGAAACAUUCGAUGAGCGAGACCUUCACGUAACGAUAGCGGGCAUCUCGUAUCUCGGGGACCCGAGGAUGUCAUUUGGAGGUGACGACCCGCGAAAGGUGCAGAAUGUUAUAGAACACCAGCUGGGUGGAUUGGAUUAUGUUUCGAGCGUUGGAUUUCACCCUAGAAUGCAGCAGUUCGUGGAUCCAUCUGUGCGCGGACGUAUAGUUCGUGAUUUCCCCAUUGAGGAAUUGCCCCACUACACCCUCGAUGUUCGACUUGCUAUGGAUACUGGUCUGCGACAGGAGGUCCAUCAGGCAAUCCAGCAAACGGUGGGCUGGCCGAGUUUCACCCAAAGCAUAAAGAGUGCUGUUACUGCUGGGGUUGCAAGGAGUUGGAGAUAUGCUGGAGGGAAGAGACGCAAAGCUGCGCUUGUGAUUGACCCGCCGGUAUUCACUCCGUCAUCAUGGCACAACCCUUUCCAAACUCCAUAG